GACUCAUAAAUAAAUUGCAACAAGGAAAUUCCUCAAAGUAGCAAAACAAAUGAAUGAGGAUCCACAACGCAUUGUCUCAUAGCCUUCGAUUUCAAACACAACAGCAACCCGCCAACACCACCCUCCGCCAGCGCCUCCUCAAAACCCACGGCGGACUCGACUUCACCGCCUAUGGCUCCGCCAUUCAACACUGCGCUAACCACCGCCUCCUCCGCCAGGGAAAACAGCUCCACGCUCGCCUCUUCAUAUUCUCCGUCACCCCCGACAACUUCCUCUCCUCAAAGCUCAUCACCUUCUACGCCAAAUCCAACCUCCCACGCGAAGCGCGCCGCGUGUUCGACGCAAUUCCCCGGAAGAACACGUUCUCCUUCAACGCCAUGCUCAUUGCUUACUCCUUCAACGGCCUUUACCGCCACUUGCUGGACCUGUUUGCCUCCUCCGUCGACGCUGGAAUCUCUCCUGAUAGCUUCACCGUAACCAGCGUCUUGAAGGCGAUCGCUUCGCCGUCUUUUUCGUACUAUAAACCGGUGAAAGAGGCUCACUGUUUUGUUCUUCGGCGCGGGUUGGAGACCGAUAUUUUCGUUGAGAAUGCGUUGGUGACUUGUUAUUGUAGGUGUGGUGAAAUUGGGCUUGCGAGGAAGGUGUUUGAUGGAAUGCCUGAGAGAGAUACCGUGUCGUGGAACUCAAUGAUUGGUGGGUAUUCUCAGUGUGGGUUCUAUGAAGAGUGUAAGAGGUUGUACAUGGAGAUGUUGAGUGUAGGGAGUGUUGUGCCGGAUGGGGUUACGAUUGUGAGCGUGAUGCAGGCGUGCGGGCAGUCUAAGGAUCUUGUGUUGGGAAUGGAGGUUCACGGUUUUGUGAAUGAGAGUGGGAUUGAGGUGGACUUGCCGCUUUGUAAUGCUGUGAUUGCGAUGUAUGCCAAAUGUGGGAGUUUGGAUUAUGCUCGAGAGCUGUUUGAGGAAAUGAGUGAGAAGGAUGAUGUUAGUUAUGGGUCAAUUAUUUCAGGGUACAUGGCUUACGGGUUUGUGGUCAAAGCCAGGGAUGUUUUCAGGGGAAUGGAAAACCCUGGAUUGGAUACAUGGAAUGCUUUGAUUUCUGGAAUGGUUCAGAAUAACUGGUUUGAAGGGGCCAUUGAUUUAGUUCGGGAAAUGCAGGGGUCUGGUUUGAAACCAAAUGCUGUCACACUUGCUAGCACUAUUCCUUUGUUUUCGUAUUUCUCAAACCUGCGAGGGGGGAAAGAGGUGCAUGCUUAUGCCAUCAGAAGGUGUUAUGAUCAAAAUAUAUAUGUGGCAACUGCCAUUAUUGAUACCUAUGCGAAGUUAGGGUUUAUUCACGGGGCAAGGCAGGUUUUUGAUCAAGCACGAAGUAGGAGCUUGGUAAUUUGGACAGCAAUUAUUACAGCUUAUGCAGCUCAUGGAGAUGCUAGUUUGGCACUUGGUCUCUAUGCUCAGAUGCUAGAUAGUGGAAUUCAACCUGAUCAGGUGACAUUAACUGCUGUAUUGACAGCUUGUGCUCAUUCGGGACUGGUAGAUGAAGCUUGGAAGAUCUUCAAUACGAUGCAUUCAAAAUAUGGCAUUCAACCCUUGGUGGAACAGUAUGCCUGCAUGGUGGGUGUUCUUAGUCGAGCUGGAAAGCUCUCAGAAGCAGCAAAAUUCAUUUCCGAAAUGCCAAUUGAGCCAAGUGCUAAAGCUUGGGGUGCUUUGCUAAAUGGGGCUUCUGUCUAUGGUGAUGUUGAAACAGGCAAGUUUGCUUGUGAUCAUUUGUUUGAGAUUGAGCCUGAAAGUUCUGGCAAUUACAUAAUUAUGGCAAAUCUGUAUUCAUGUGCUGGGAGAUGGGAAGAAGCUAGUAGGGUUAGGAAAAGAAUGGAAGAAAUCGGGGUACAUAAGAUCCGUGGAAGUAGCUGGAUUGAAAUGAGUGGAAGGUUAAUAGCCUUCAUUGCCAAAGAUGUGUCAAAUGAAAGAUCUGAUGAGAUUUAUACAUAUCUGGAAGGAUUGUUUUGUAUGAUGAGGGAAGAGGGAUAUAUCUUGCAGGAAGAGUUGGAUUGUGAGAUGUGGUAAUAAUUCGCAUGCCAGAGCAACAAAAGACCCCUAUACUUCUGAGGUUCAGAGUCUAAGUAGCACGUCUAUCACAUUACUCGGCAAAAAUUUCAAGCUUUACCGGAUGCUACUAUGUUAGGAAUGAGUUCUCCCCUCUUUAGUGUCAAUGGAAAUUUUAUGCCUGCUGAUUACUGAAUUUUCACCUAAGAUGAUAGUCAGGGCCAAGAAAGGCCAAGCUCCGUCGGAGUUCAUAAUCAUUUUUCUUUGGGCGAAAUACGAUUGAGUUUAUCGGUGCUUUUUUGGUUCAAUCAAGUUUGCAUUGUUGGUAAAACAGCUCUGAUUUCCAUUCAGCGGUUUGAUCUGGGUUCCAUUGUGAUUCAACUAUGCACUUCAGCGGAAAAAGUUGCACCAUAGCUAGCACUGAACUUUGGCCUAUAGUAAAGUGAUUACUAUGUAGUAUUUAGAUUAUUAUAGGCCAAAGUUCAGAGAUCAUUGUUCCACCCCAUUCCAAUCUAAAAGUUCAAGAGAUUGCAUUUUUAUUUAAAUUGCAAACGAGUUUCCUUGUAGAUUACUACUUUCCUUGUUGAGGAGGGACAAAGGAAGCGGGAAAGGGGAGAAUGCUUGCUGUGAGACAUAGUUUUGAAGUUUGACUUGGUUAAUGCGUUUUACGAUCAAGGUACAACUUCUUGGAGACAUAUAUACCAUCUUUCAAGUGAGGUUAACUUACCAGUUCCCCUUUCUACAUGUAAGUAGCUUGACAUGAUUUAAGGCAAACUACAUUCUAAGCAUGUUAUGUGAACUUAGGAUCCCCGAAUUUCAGGAUGAAUUUAGUGUGUGUGUGUGUGUAAUUGAUUAUUCCUUUUUCCUUUCAACUAUGUGGUAUUUUGAUUGGAAUGAGGUGGAACAAUGAGAUGGGGACCUAAUAUUUUAUGAAAAGCUGGUCACUUUCUGUUGAGAAAGGCUCAAUGUAUAGGAUUUUUUUAGAGAUCGCCAAUUUGGUGAGAUCAGACUUUGGAAUGCACUUAGCAUUGAUUUUGACACAGCCAGUUGUAAAUUAACACAGGAAGCAUAAUUGUUUCAUUUUUUUAGUACCCACCUUUUCCUUUUCACAUCUUUACCCCAUUCUUGUCU